UGGAUCUUUAACAGCGCACGCUGCUGGGUCUGUCUGCCUCAGCCCACCCAACACACACACACACACACACACAUACACACACACAUCCUGACACAUGGAGUACUGCUGCUUCCUGCUGCUCUGGAUCGGGAGCCAGCUGCCAGGGCUCCUUGACGGUUUCACCAUUGACACCAAGAACCCCAGGAUCAUCAAAGGUUCUAAACAGGCACAAUUUGGAUAUACAGUUCAGCAGCAUUUUGCUGGGGGGCAGAAGUGGUUAUUGGUGGGUGCCCCCUAUGAAACCAAUGGUCCACACCAGACAGGGGAUGUUUACAAAUGCCCACUGGGUAAACGCACCAACACCAGCGGCUGCACCAAACUCAACCUAGGAAGGAUAUCUCUGACUAAUGUUGCUGAACGUAAGGACAAAAUGAGACUGGGAAUGACUCUCACAUCAAACCCUAAAGACAACAGUUUUGUGGCCUGUGGACCUCUGUGGUCCUAUGAAUGUGGUAGCUCAUACUACAGCACUGGCAUAUGCUCCAGAGUCAACUCUAGCUUCAAAUUCUCACGGACCAUUUCUCCUGCAUUUCAGAGGUGUGAAACCUUUAUGGACAUAGUCAUAGUUCUGGAUGGGUCAAAUUCUAUCUAUCCCUGGUAUGAAGUGCAGGCCUUUCUUAUCAACAUUCUACAGAAGUUUUACAUUGGACCAGGCCAGAUACAGGUUGGAGUGGUUCAGUAUGGCGAGAAGGUGGUUCAUGAAUUCCAACUGAGUGACUACAAAUCAGUGGAGGAAGUGGUAAAGAGAGCCCGCAGCAUCGACCAGCGUGGCGGAGAGGAGACCAACACGGCCCUCGGCAUCAAUGUGGCACGAUCACAGGCAUUCAAGCGAGGUGGUCGACGAGGUGCAAAGAAAGUCAUGAUAGUGAUCACAGACGGCGAGUCACAUGAUAGUCCUGACCUCCAACAAGCUAUUGAGGACAGCGAGAAGGAUGGCAUCACCCGCUACGCCAUUGCUGUCCUAGGCUACUACAAUCGCCGUGGGAUCAAUCCAGAGGCUUUCCUGAAUGAAAUCAAAUACAUUGCCAGUGACCCAGAUGACAAGCAUUUCUUUAAUGUAACGGACGAGUCUGCUCUAAAGGAUAUCGUGGAUGCACUAGGAGACAGAAUCUUCAGUUUGGAAGGAACCAGUAAAAACGGGACAGCGUUUGGUCUCCAGAUGUCACAGGCUGGCUUCUCCUCCCACAUUGUGGAGGAUGGGAUACUAGUGGGUGCCGUGGGGGCCUAUGACUGGAAUGGGGCAGUACUGAAAGAGACCCGACAGGGAAAAGUCAUCCCACCAAAGUCCUCCUAUGCACAGGAGUUCCCUGAGGAGCUCAAAAACCACGGUGCCUACCUAGGUUACACAGUGACGUCAGUGGUGUCGGCCAGGAACGGUCGUCUGUUUGUGGCCGGGGCACCACGGUUCAACCACACGGGAAAGGUUAUCAUCUUCACCCUCAAAAACACUGGCGAGCUUACUAUUCUACACGCUCUAAAGGGACAACAGAUUGGCUCGUACUAUGGCAGUGAGAUAGCCCCAGUGGACAUAGAUGGAGACGGAGUGACCGACAACCUCCUGGUGGCAGCACCCAUGUUUUUCAGUGGAGGACUGGAGAAGGGCAAGGUGUACAUCUACAGAGUCACGGAACUGAAUCGCUUCAUCUUAGAAGGAGCACUUGAGAUACAGAACGGGGGGCAGAAUGCCCGCUUUGGCUCCUCAAUAGCCCCAGUCCCUGACUUGAAUGGGGACGGUUUCAAUGACUUGGUAGUGGGAGCGCCGCUAGAGGACAACCACCGCGGAGCCAUAUAUGUCUUCUUCAGUCAGCACAACAGAAUACUGCGCAAAUACAAACAGAGGAUAGCUGCAGUAGACUUGCUUCCUGGCUUGCAGUACUUUGGCCUUAGUAUCCAUGGUAAGAUGGACAUGAAUGAUGAUGGCCUGGUGGACCUGGCAGUGGGCUCACUGGGUGCAGCAGUGCUUCUCUGGUCACGUACGGUUGUCCGUAUUCACGCGAGCAUCAGGUUUGAACCAAGCAAGAUAAACAUUUUUGUAAAAGACUGUCGCAGAGGGGGCCGGGAUGUCACCUGCAUGUCCGCUAUCGUGUGUCUGAAUGUCACGGCCAGGACAGCCAUUCCUCCAGAAGAGGACGUUUUCAUCAAGUACAAUGCCUCCAUUGGUGAGCGUCGCUUCAAACCCAGAGCAAUUAUGGACACUGACAAAAUGCAGCCCCAAAACCUGACCUUACUUGCUGGAGAACAGACCUGUGAACACAUCUACUUUCAUGUCAUGGAGACCACAGACUAUGUAAGGCCCAUUUUAUUUACUGUGGAUGUGGGACUACAGGAUCCUGUCAAGGGACCCAUGCUGGAUGAAGGAUGGCCAACAACUGUGAGCACUGAGCUGCCCUUCUGGAAUGGUUGUGACGAGGAUGACCACUGUGCACCAGACUUGGUCUUGCAGAGCAACACUGACCUGCUCACACAAACCCAGUUCUGUGGACAGGCUACACACUCCAGGAGUGUGUUUUGCCGGAGCAAAGGAGAAAGAGAGAUGCGAGUCAUAGAAGGAUUCAGAAGAAGGAUGGCAGUGGACGUUCGUUUGGAGAACAAAGGAGAGAAUGCCUACAGCACCCGUCUCAAUAUUACCUACACUUUCAACCUACACUUCUCCAGCCUCAUAGUCAAGGACAAUUCGGACAUCAAGAUAGAGUGCCGAAGUGAGGACAGACUAAGAAAUGAGAAGACCUGCAAUGUUAGCGCACCCUUUAUGAGAGCAAUGGCUCAGGUAUCUUUUCGUCUGGAGUUUGAAUUCAGCCGCUCGGUAUUUCUGGACCAUCUACGGGUCAUUCUGGAUGCCAGCAGCGAUGGAGAGGAGCUGAGCUCAGAAAACAAUUUCAAUACCAUUUACCACCCGCUAAAAUAUGAGGCUGACCUCCUAUUCACAAGGGAUUCAGACCCCACCCGCUAUGAGAUCAGAGCAGACAUCUCGCUUGAGAAACCUGGUGACAUGGGCCCUGCAUUCAACUUUACUUUCCAGAUCCAGAAUCUAGGCUUUUUCCCGGUGAAGGACUUACAGUUGAAUAUUGAGAUUCCUGAAAUGACUACAAAUGGGAACCAGCUCUUGAAGAUAUCAGACUUCCAUAUAGACCAGACAGAUGGUAGCCACUGUAUCCCUCCUCAACACUUGGCACAGAGCAGGGCCUCACCUGAGGAUCUGUCUCGCUUCUCACGCCUGAACAGCUCAAAUACCCUGACUCUACCUGUCCAAUGCACUGUCAACAUGGCUGUCUACAGGGACGUGAGUGUGAGAAUCAAAGGGGCACUGAGGAUAGAUGCCCUGCAUGCUUUGAAGUUCAAGAUCCUGGAGCUAGUGACAAGUGCCUCAAUAGAGCUGCCCACAUCCAGUCCUAUGUUUUUACAUGAAGAAAACCCUGUUCGAAAUAUAAUCCUUGAGAUUAGAAAAGAGGAGGACUAUAGAAUCCCAACUUGGAUUGUAAUAGGGAGUUCAUUGGGAGGACUCUUGCUUCUAGCCCUGUUAAGUCUAGGUCUAUGGAAGCUUGGCUUUUUCCGGAGGCAAAAGAGGAAGGAUAAGGAAGAGCAGGAGCAGGCCAACAGGAAGGUGGCUGAGGAACGAUAAUGUUGGAUUGGGGUCAGAAUACAUACACCUAUACAGGGGAUCCAACACUCAGGGACUGUCCCUCUCGACUCCUCAAGCAACGGUGGUGCAGUCCAGACAACAGGCAGUCCACAAGACUGCCAGGCCAAAAUCUGUUCAGUAGACUGGAAUGGAUGGCCCGUCUUUUAUACACUCCCCUGGAAUGACCCAUGACCGAAUGAGUCAUCACUGUCACACCUACAGCCAUGUACUGUUAAGACUACUGGGCCCUUACCUGUCCUGCCAUUCACUUCCUAAUACUCUAUUAACGUCUGCUAUCCUUCGAUAACUUACAGGAAAGCUAAAAUGUUGACAUUAUAGAUGAAAGAUGGAGCCAGAUGUGGCUUGACUACUCAUUCCUAGAUAAUUAAAAGAAUACAGGGUUUGGCUUUCCAUCAGACAAAAUGGUUUGAGCUGUUUCAUUAGCUUUAGAUGUAUUUAACUUUUAUACAUUUUAUUUUGAAAGACAUAAAAACCUCAAGGUGGUAUGUCAGCUGAUGGCUGACAUGUUGGGCAACUGUACCGUCUAGUCUGAAAAUAAGUAUGAGAAAGAAUGAAGGAAGAAGCAAUGAUAUGAGCUACGCUGAAAAUAUUCACCAAUAAUUUUCGAUAUUUACAUAUUUUUCUGGAGAAGAUCUACAUUGAAGAAAUAUGGAGAUUUUGGAAAUUCCUGACCUUUUUUUAUUAUUUCUUAUCUCCCCGUGCAGCAUCUUCAUUCUUGGAAAGUAAACUAAACAAUAAACAAUAUGAUGCACUUUAACAUUGAA